CCGCCGCUGCCGCCGCUGCCGCUGCCGCUGCCGCCGCCGCCCGGGCCUCGCCAUGUCCGGCUCCCCCGUGAAGCGCCAGAGGAUGGAGUCCACGCUGGACCAGCUCAAGCAGCUCACCACCGUGGUGGCCGACACGGGCGACUUCCACGCCAUCGAUGAGUUCAAGCCCCAGGACGCCACCACCAACCCAUCUCUGAUCCUGGCUGCGGCACAGAUGCCCGCCUACCAGGAGCUGGUGGAGGAGGCCAUCGCCUACGGCAGGAAGCUGGAUGGGUCACAAGAGGACCAGAUUAAAAAUGCUAUUGACAAACUUUUUGUGCUGUUCGGAGCAGAAAUACUGAAGAAGAUUCCUGGCCGUGUGUCCACGGAAGUGGAUGCGAGGCUCUCCUUUGAUAAGGAUGCAAUGGUGGCACGAGCCAGGCGCCUCAUUGAGCUGUACAAGGAAGCUGGAAUCAGCAAGGACAGAAUUCUUAUAAAGUUAUCAUCAACCUGGGAAGGAAUCCAGGCUGGAAAGGAGCUCGAGGAGCAGCAUGGCAUCCACUGCAACAUGACGCUGCUCUUCUCCUUCGCCCAGGCCGUGGCCUGCGCCGAGGCGGGCGUGACACUCAUCUCCCCCUUCGUGGGGCGCAUCCUUGAUUGGCACGUGGCAAACACGGGCAGGAAGUCAUACGAGCCCCUGGAGGACCCUGGGGUGAAGAGCGUCACCAAAAUCUACAACUACUACAAGAAGUUUGGCUAUAAGACCAUUGUCAUGGGCGCCUCCUUCCGCAACACAGGCCAGAUCAAGGCACUGGCGGGCUGCGACUUCCUCACCAUCUCGCCCAAGCUCCUGGGGGAGCUGCUCAAGGACAACGCCAAGCUGGCACCUGUGCUCUCAGCUACAGCGGCCCAGGCCAGUGACCUGGAGAAGAUCCACCUGGAUGAGAAGGCCUUCCGCUGGCUGCACAACGAGGACCAGAUGGCCGUGGAAAAGCUCUCCGACGGGAUCCGAAAGUUUGCUGCCGAUGCCGUGAAGCUGGAGCGGAUGCUGACGGAGCGCAUGUUCAGUGCAGAGAAUGGGAAGUAGCGCAGUACCUGAGGCUGGAGCACACCCGUGCUGUCUUCACGUUGGGGCCUGAUUGCACACAGCUUGUGACGAGUCUUGCAUUGUUUUUACCCGUUGGAGCAGGGGACAGAUCAUGGAUUCCUGAUUUUAUGUAAAAUUUUGCCUAAUGUAUUAAAGCAGUCACUUUUCUUGUG